AUGGAUCAGCUUCGUCCUGAUUCCGCUGCAGCCAUGAAUGCUCACCGCCGUGAGGCCGUGCGCCUUGCAGAGGCCCAACAACAGGCAGUGGUGGAGAAUUGCAAGAGGGCGAAGCUCCCCGAGCCUGACUACCAUUUUGAAGAGCUGAUUGGCAGAGGUAGUUUUGGAAGAGUUUACAAAGGUCGCCAACGUUCCACAAACAAGGUCGUUGCCAUCAAGGUGAUCGAUGUCGACAAGGCCGAUUUCAAAGCACACGGCGACAUGAGAGAUGAGCAAAUUCGCGACUUCAAUCGCGAAAUCCGUAUCUUGAGACAAGCACAAGAGAGCGGCGCCGAGAAUCUCAACCAUAUCAUCGAAGCCUUGCCUGUGCAUAGCCAGUUGUGGAUGGUCUGUGAAUUCUGCCCUGGUGGCAGUGUAAAGACUCUGAUGAGAGCCACGAAUGAUCGUCUUUCCGAGCGAUACAUUGUGGUCGUGGCAAGAGAGCUGGCCAAGGCUUUGAAAGGGCUUCAUGCUGCCGGGAUCUUGCACCGAGAUGUCAAAGCUGCCAACGUCCUCAUCCACCAAGAAGGCCAUCUUGAACUGUGCGACUUCGGGGUCUCGACCGUGCUCGACACGCAGACGGACAAGCGGAAGACAUUCAUUGGAACACUGCAUUGGAUGCCCCCUGAGCUGUGGACUGAAAACCCCGAAUACUCGGAUGAGGUGGAUGUGUGGGAAUACGGCUGUACUCUUUACGAAUGCGCCGUGGGACAACCUCCAAAUGCCGAUCUCCGUGAACGUCAGCAACUCAAGAUGAGAAUGAGGCGCCUCAAACAAGCCAUUACUCUCCCCGAAACCCAAACAUUCAGCGAUGGACUCCGUUCGCUGGUCUCCUCCACCCUCAGCCCGGAUGUGGCCUCUCGCCCGUCAAUGAGGACCGUACUGGAACACGACUAUCUCAAAGACACUGAGGACACCCAUCCAACCAGCAUCCUCACCGAACUGGUUCAAACAUAUUACGCAUGGGCUUUGAGCGGUGGUCAACGAGCCUCAUUGUUCAUGCCCGGAGGGGCGGCCCCUGCUUCGACCCUCGAACCCAACGAAGACGUGGAGGAAUGGAACUUCAGCAUGACCCCAGACUUCCAACGCCGUGUAUCCGCCAUUCUCGAGACACCUGACUCUGCUGCCAACGAGAGUAUGGAAGGAGAGGAAACACCUAAAGGCUCAUCGAGACCCAGCGGCCUCUCACCCAAAGAGAUGACGGCAGCGCAAAAGGCGAACUUCGAAGCUCGAGUCCAGCGUGGUGCCGACCUAUCCAACCUUUUCGAUCAAAGCAAACCCGCCUACGACUACAAAAUCAAGACAGACUUCAUUCCAAUCCCCGAACAACGCCGCAUAUCAGAUCUCCCUUUCAGAGCGAUGGCCGAAGACAGGCCAAGCUCGAUUGCAUCCAACGUGAUUGAUCUGGGCGAGUUUGAUGAAUCAGACUACGCCGUGGUAGCGACACCGAGGAUCGACGACAAGAUCCAAACCACUUAUGCUGCCACACCCAUGAGAGAAGAAACGAUCCGGCUUGCUGACGCAUCCACCUUGCGAGAAAAGCGCGCCAAUUCCAAAGGUCCUAGGGAGCCGAGCCAGCAAUCUCUGACCGCUCGAAGAACUUCAUCCGCCGAAGGCGUCCCGCCCACCACGGCAGCACACGACUUUGCCAUGUCACAGGAAGACUGGACAGUCAAGAACCGGACCAAGGCCCCCGAACUGCAAGAGCCUGCCGAAAUCACGUCCUCCCGUCCCGGCCAUGCUACGAUGGACUGGUCAUUUGCAGCAGCCAUGUCUGAGGCGGAGAUUCCACGCAUCAACGAGCCGGAGGGGCCGGAGGGCGACCUGCCAGGCCCGGCCACCGACGAGAGCGCCGCGUUCCAGCAAAAGGCCAAGAAGCACGCCACGAUGGACUGGUCUUUCACCCAGGCGAUGGCCGAGGCAAGCACCAGCGACGCAGCCAUAGGCUCCUCUCCUCCGACGCACCAGCAAACCCUGUCGUCGCGACCGACGCCAACCCGUCCGGCACCGCUUCUGCGGCAAAUGACCAUGCCGGUGACCAUGGACGAUUUCGCCCAAGCCGAGGAGCAAGAGAUCCCACGGCCGUCAACUGCGCUCUCGGAAGCGUACAGCGACAUCAGCACGGCCUCGACAGACGUCGACCCGUUCGGGUUGGAGCGUGACGACGACGGAGACGACGAAUUCCCGGGGGCUUCAACUCUGGAGGAAGACGUCGGUCCUGCUGGAAUGGGCGGGUUUUACUCCGGCCGGGGUCGGACCAUGUUUGGCGACCGCAGCCAGUUCCCGUCAACAACGUCAACUCCGUUGACGGCGUCAGGCCCUGGCCCUGGGCCAUACAGCCUCGGCCGGCCAUCGAGGGUCGGUGAGGACGACUUCCCAGGCCUGUCUGCAUCGGCUGGGCACCAAAGCGGCGCAAGACACGGCCGCAACUCAUCGGCGAUGCCGACAGCCGUCCCGGGUGCGGGUGCUGGUGGUGGUGUUGGUGGUGGUGGCGGUGUGGGUUCUGCUGGUCGCCGACCGUCCGUCGACGUCCCCUCCGCGUCCCCACCCAGCAGGUUGGCGAUGAGUGCGGCCGCCUCCUCCAACGAGGUUGAGGCCGAGCUCACGCGCCUGCUGGAGGGGAUGCAGGGGACGUUGAAUGCGGCGAGGGAGGUUGUUGGUGGGCUUGUGGUGGGGAGGAGGAGGGAGAGGGAGAGCGAGUGGGAGGAUGAGGAGUAG